AAACGCGUUCUAGUCGUUUCCCGGUGAGUGACCGACCUCGCGUCCUCGAGCAGGGACAUUAGCGCACACCUUGGCUUCGGCUAGCUGACCCGGUGGCUGGUUUCAAACGAGCAGAGAUGGUUUUCGAGAGGAAAAUGCUCACGUACGGAGACCCCGACGAAGAGGAGGAGGAUGCUCCUGCAGAGGAGGAGGAAGAGGAGGAAGAAGAAGAGGAAGACAUGGUGGACCCCUUGGAAACAUUACGAGCCAAAUGUGAGCAGACCGAACAUUGUGUGCACCUCAAGGAGCGUCUGGAGAUCUGUGAGGCCAGAGUCAGUUCCAGGUCCAACACUGAGGAGGAGUGCACAGAGGAGCUCUUUGACUUCCUGCACGCACGCGACCAUUGUGUCGCACACAAGCUGUUUCAUAACGUGAAAUGACCUGCCCAGUGCCCACCCACGUCCUCUCCCAGUGCAGCUGUAGGAUCCUAUUUAACUACAAUCAUCGAUAAGCAGACGCUGUGUUGCCUGCUUCCCUUAAUCACGACGGACUGGAUGCAUGUCCUCGGUAUUCAUGUGCACUUACAAACAUUGCUAUUCACCAGCUCUGCUGUUACCCGUCCCUGGUGCAGCGGAUUUAGAAAUUUGUGCAACGAGUUAAUGGGCUCUGAUAACAUGGCGUUCCAGGAAAGAAAUGUUUACCUCAGGUUUGGCCUUGGAUUCACUGUUCCAACUUAGAAAUAAAUAUUUUCUCUUACUCCUGG